CAGAACGAUAGAGCGAUGGGUAGAGUGACGGAAAUUAAAGGCAAACCUCAAGAGGGUGAAUGGUCCACCGGUUUCUGCGAUUGCUGCGCGGAUUGCUCCAGCUGUUGUAUGACAUGUUGGUGUCCUUGCGUUACGUUUGGCCGAGUCGCAGAGAUUGUAGACCAAGGUUCCUCUUCAUGCUGUGCGGCUGGUGUGGCGUACAUGCUAUCGUUGUUCACGGUCUGUGGAAGUGUAUUCCUCUCGUGCAAAUACCGAACUAAAAUGAGAAAACAAUACAACAUUAAGGGUAGCGAAUGUGGAGAUUUUCUCAAACCUUUUUUCUGUGAGCGUUGUGCCUUAACUCAAGCCUAUCGCGAGCUCACCAAACGUGGUUUUGAUGUACCCCUCGGAUGGCAAGGAAACGUUGAUCGUCAUAAUGCUGGCGUUGGAAUGGGUGCCCCGGUUGUCCAGGGCGGCAUGAUGAGAUGAAAAAUAUUUGCAGAAGUUUUAUAUUUUGUUUUCCUCUCUGAAUUUUCUUUCAUGAUAUUGCUUUCGUCAAAUAAAUGUGGGUAUUCAAUCUUGUGUUCUUUUGUUUCCCUCAUUCUUGUGUGUGUGUUUUUUGUUCUCCCUCAAUCUUGUGUUUGAACGGAUUUUAUAAAAGUUUAUAUAGUAUGUGUCAUGUGUGUAGUAUAACUGUGGGUAUGUAAAUGUUUUAUUUUUAAUUACAAA